AAAUUAUUUUAUAUAUUCUUAUUAAUAAAAAAGCUAACAGACUAUAAACUACAGAUAAACUAUUAAAUAUAAAUAAUUUAUUUAUAUUUGGUAUAAAGAUAAAAAAAAAAAAACACAGUGGGCAGCACUCCAACCUGAAAUAUCUCUCUCAAUUUUUCACAUUUUUUUUUCUGCCCUCUCUAAUAGCUCGCUCCUCCAUGUCCAUCCAAUGACUCAGAUAUUACUGUUCAAGCAAUAACUCAGAUAUUAUUAUAUUGUAGCAGUGUAAUCCUAAUCCAAAUGUAGCUCAGUUACUGUAUAAUGGAGUAUCAAUCUGUUUUCACUACCUUUCAAUCUGUUUCUCGCGUCUCUUUGUCUUGUAUAUCUUCAAAAUCCGCUAUCUACAACCAUUUCUUCCGUAAGAUACAUUUCAAUAAGCGAGUGAGUUCUAUUAGUAAUAGCAAUAAUAAUCGCUUUCCUCGAAUUGCGGGAAGUUUAGAAUAUAAAGGAAAUGAUAGAACAGAAUUUAGAGGUGAUGAUAGUGUGAGAUUCUUAAGCGAAUCUAAGUUUGUAGAAGUGAUUGGAAUAGGCAGUAGAAUAGAUUCUGUUCUUGAUUUUUGCUCGGAUUCACCUUUUCAAUUAUCAUCGUCGCUGCGAUUCUGGAAUAUUCAUGUUAAAGAUUCAUUGAACGUGCGAUUACAAGAAAGAGGUUUUGAAAAAGAUGUUAUUCCGAGGGUUUUGGAACAUUCCCAGUUUCUGCAAUCAUGUUCAAAGGCUAUUAUACUUGUUGCUAGUGCAGGAUAUGGCUUGGAUCAUCUUACAGCAAUUGAUAUACUCAAAACUGUAAGAUCUACAGAUGGGUUUGCUGUUGCUAUUUGUCUGAGGCCUUUCAGCUUUGAAGGACAAAGGCGCCAAGAUGAGGUGAAAAAUCUGGUAGGAGAAAUUCAAGAGUAUACAAACUUUUGCAUUGAUAUUGACACUGAUACACUACUCAAAAAGGAUUUGGUCACCCUAGACGAGGCUUUGAAGACUGCAAAUACUGCUGUUUUGUUGGCCAUGAAUGCUGUCUCGAUUCUCAUCUCAGAGAUGCACCUGAAACUAUUUGCUGCACUGCAUAAUAAUGUGAAGGAACUGACAAUUUCAGAAGUUUUGAAAAUUCUGGAAAGCCACAAAGAAGCGAAAAUUGGAUUUGGAGCUGGUAACAGCGUUAAAAGUUCGAUUUUAGAAGCUCUAUAUGACUGCCCUUUUAUCGGAGCUGGUCUAGAGAACUCAAAUGGCAUCAUUAUAUGCAAUAUUGCAAGUUCAGAUUUUAUUGAAAAUAGAGAUGUAGAUUCCUCUUUGCUUACUUUUCAUCAAACUGCAAAAUACAUGGGGGAAAUUAUUAUUUCUUCAGCUCAUGAGCCUAAUCUGGAUAGCAACAUGAUUGUAACAACUAUUAUUAUGCUGAGCUGCAGAGAAAUACAAACUCAUCAGAGAAGUAGCUUGCUGUCCAGACUGGCCCAGCAUUUCCCCUUUGUUUCUAAACUUUUGAGGAGGCAACAUCAAAAAUCAAAUGAUAAUGAAGGAGUCAAUGAACCCAAACAUGCACAACUUUCGACAGAGACAAAUUUACCAGAACUGACUGCAAUGGAAAGUAGAAAUUCUGCAGAAGAAAUAGCUGAAGGUACAGACAAACACUCUGAGGAAUGUAAAACACAACCAAGCAGAAAUUACUAUGAUCUCUACAGUUCAAGUAAUGAAGCUAAAGAAAAUGAGUUGGUCUCAUUAGAUGCUAGGACCAGUUCUUACAAUGAAAUUACUGAAGGUAGCACAAAAGAAACUCCUGCUCUUCAGAGGGAGCCACUCAUUAGUUGGAACUUGGGACCGGGAUACCAGAUUGCACAAGAGUGGGCCAGAGAAAGGGCUGGCGAUACUUCAAUACUUGAUACUCUAAGCAUCUUCCGCCUCCCAGUCGGUGUAAGGUCUCCAGAAGAGUCUAAGGAGGGUCUGAAUUUCUUACAUGCUGCGGAUUUCCAAGAGCCAAAAACUGUGGGAGUUGUUAAAGAACAAAAGCAUGUUAGUUCCAGUAUCUCUUCUUGGGGUGCAUUAAGUGAUGCAGGUUUUGUAUUAGUAAGGGAUUUUUAUAAUAAUGCUUCUACAAUGUUAAAGAGUAGGAAUGCUGAUGCACCCAAAAAGCAAGGAGUUCUCUCUGUUCGUGCUGCAUCUAUGCUGGAAGCUGAGCGAGACUUCCCAAAAAAGUGGAAUCCUGUUACAGAGAUGCAGUAUAGAGGAGGGGUCUACAGGGGGCGGUGCCAAGGUGGUCUUCCUGAAGGAAAGGGCCAACUUAUCCUUGAAGAUGGAAGCAUAUAUGAUGGGAUGUGGCGUUAUGGUAAGAGAUAUGGUCCAGGUGCAUUCUACUUCAGCAAUGGAGAUGUGUUCCAGGGAUCAUGGAGGGAUGACAUGAUGCAUGGCAAGGGUUGGUUUUAUUUCCACACUGGAGAUCGAUGGUUUGCGAAUUUUUGGAAGGGAAAGGCUAAUGGUGAAAGCCGCUUCUAUUCAAAGUCCGGUAAAGUGUUUUUCGGCCAUUUCCGAGAUGGAUGGCGACAUGGUCACUUUCUUUGUAUUGAUGUGGAUGGAGAAAGGUGUGUUGAGAUAUGGGAUGAGGGUGUUCUUAUGAGCCGGAAGAAACUCCACUCAGAUACUGAUUCUGGAUAAGUAUUAUCUAAUUUUAAUUUAUUUUUUCACUUGUUUGUAUAUCCUUCAAUUAUUUUACUUUUGACUUUGUUUUAUGUACAGUAGAGCAUAUUGAAAGUUUUGAACAUGCACUUUUAGAA